AUGACUCGGGGAAAUCAGCGGGAUAACGAUCGGGCUAAGGCCCAGAAGAAGUUGGCUUCGCAGAAGGGAAAGACUGCUAUGUCUGGUAGCCAAUUUGCGAAAUCUAAGGAGGAUGCCGCCGCCAUCAUGCGCGAGAAGCAAAAGAAAGCCGAUGAAAAAAAGGCCCAAGCAGCCGGAGGAGGAACGGCGAAGUGA